CAAACUUUCAAUAUUGCUUUGCUUUAAUGGCUAUCACCAAUUUUCACUUGAAGCCAUAGAAAAUUUUAGAUUCCUUCACACAUCCCCUCUCUCUGUCCCCAAAACUCAAACACUAAGCUUUUUUCCUCUUUCAAUUCACCAUGAAAUUACUUCUCUUCUUCCUCACACUAUUUCUCUUCUUUCUCAACUGUUCUUCCAAUACUCAAAUUCCUUCACCAUUGUUGAUUUUACCCCUAAGAACUCAACAAAUCUCAUCUGGGUUUUCAUCUCCAAAUAAACUCCCAUUUACUCACAAUGUUACUCUUACUGUUUCCCUUUCAGUUGGUACACCUCCACAGAAUGUAACGAUGGUGCUCGAUACUGGUAGUGAACUUUCAUGGCUACAUUCAAAUUCAACCCGAAUCAAACAACCUAUUUUCAACCCGAACCGUUCACUUUCCUACAGACCCGUUUCUUGCUCCGAACCCAUUUGCACGACCCGAACCCAAGAUUUUUCCAUACCAGCUUCUUGUGAUUCGAAGAAUUUCUGUCAUGCUGUGCUUUCUUACGCAGAUGCUUCGUCUUCAGAAGGGAAUUUAGCUAUGGAUACGUUUACGAUUGGCGGGUCGAAUUUUACGGGUACGAUUUUCGGGUCAAUGGAUUCGGGUUUCAGUAGUGAUUCGGAUGAAGACCAAAAGACAACCGGGUUAAUGGGUAUGAACCGUGGAUCUCUAUCUUUUGUUUCACAAAUGGGGUUUAAAAAGUUCUCUUAUUGCAUUUCGAGCCUUGAUUUUUCUGGUAUUUUACUUUUCGGUGAAUCGAAUUUUACUUGGAUUUUACCGUUAAAUUACACUCCGUUAGUCGAAAUUUCACUUCCGUUACCUUAUUUCGAUCGAGUUGCGUAUACUAUUAAACUUGAAGGUAUUAAAGUUUCGAAUAAAUUACUUUCGAUACCUGAUUCCGUAUUUAUACCCGAUCAUACCGGGGCGGGUCAAACCAUGGUUGAUUCGGGUACCCAAUUUACAUUCCUAUUAGGUCAAGCUUACACUAUACUAAGGAGUGAGUUUUUGAAUCAAACAAUGACAAUCCUUAAGGUCCUUGAGGAUCAAGAUUUUGUUUUUCAAGGUGCAAUGGACUUGUGUUAUCGAGUACCUAUUAAUCAAACGUCGUUACCUAAGUUACCAUCGGUUAGUUUAGUGUUUCGAGGAGCAGAAAUAACUGUUUCAGGAGAACGAUUGCUGUAUCGAGUACCUGGUGAAAUUCGAGGGAAAGAUUCGAUACAUUGUUUUACUUUUGGAAAUUCCGAUCUACUAGCCGUUGAGGCGUACAUUAUAGGACACCAUCAUCAACAAAAUGUAUGGGUGGAGUAUGAUCUUGAAAAAUCUCGCAUUGGUUUUGCUCAAGUACGAUGCGAUAUAGCGAGUCAAAGAUUUGGUUUUUUCCAUUGAAUCGAAGAUGUAAAGAUAGUAUUAUUCUUUUUUUUCAAAAAUUCAUAUAUAGUUCGAGUCUAAAACAGUAUCAGAGUGGUUCUAUCUCGACCUGAAUGGAGACGGUGGAAAACAUGUCAUGUGACUAAUGGAUUGAGUGGUCCCAAAUUAAUGUAUAUAACACCCCUCAAAUUUAUGAAUUGCCAUACUUGGAGUUGCAAAACAUCAAAUGAAAGUGGGGGUUGUUGGUUCAAAGACUAGAAAUGGUUGGUGAUUUUUUUAAAGAGAGGUCUUUACCAUUUUGUACAUUUUGUGAUUCAACAUAAAGGGUGUGUUGAAUUUUCAAAGGCAAUUUAUAAUCUUCUUGUCGUAUUGAAUGAUUAGUUAUGUAUACUCUCAUUGAGUUAUUUUGUUUGUAUGUAUGUAGGGAAAUAUAUUGGUUAUCAAUGUAAUAAAUCUUUUAUUGAUUGAAUUAAAAGUUUUGAUACAUAUUAGCAUAA